AUGGACGUCCUCAACAACAGGUCUGAGGAAUCUAUAUGCCCCUAUGAUUUGGAGGAGAAGUCCAAGCGGAGCGCAGACGGCGCCGUGUACACACUUGCACCGUUCUGCGACCACGACGGCGAUCACUCAAGUGACAACAGCGAUGACUCAACGUUCCACUUGGAUGACGAUAGCUUGCCAGAUGUUCUAAUGAAUCAGACCACCCAGGAGUGCUUCAACGCUCCAGUUUUUCGAGAGCAGCUGCUGCUCCACCUUUCAACUCCUCUCUGCGUUCCAUUGUACUUGAUUGCGGGCAGAACACGGCUGCUUGCCAACACGCAAACAUGGCCUUGUACUGGCGUGACGUCAUGCUAUUGGGCAAUCCUCCCGCUGUUUGUCUACGCCAACGCAGUUCUCUUCGUGCUAUACCACGAUGAGUUUGUCGAGAACCGCAUAGGUAUUGCUGAGGUGGUGAUCGUUCCUUGCCUGGCAAUGUUCACGCAUCGAUCGAUGAUCGCUCUGAAGUACAGUGGACUCUCUCCAGAGGAGUACAAGCUCUGGCUGGGGGCGCCCAGGCAAAUUGCUGCAAAGUGGAGCAAGCAGAUGCAGUUGAUCUCCACCUGGCUGCCAGUCCCAGAGGAGAUUCUGAGCACAGAGAUCGAGAAAGCCUCCAAGUACCAAGGUGCCGACCUAAAGGAAAUCUUCUUCGAGCAUGACGUGCAAGAUGUGCAGAGCUGGAGAGGUUGGCAGGUUUGGGAAGGGAUGUUGGCCGGACACUGCACCAAUGCAGAGCUCAAGAGUUCUGCGUUGUGCCCCCGUCUCACGCGCGUCCUCUCCCGAGAGACCAGUGUGAAUUUCUCGCCUGGCGUCAGGCGCGUAAGUGCCUACCAGGUCCUGCACACAUUGUACCGGCGGGCUGUUGAUGAAGUGCUGAAUGGAAGGAAGUUCAUAUCCGUAGGUGUUUUUGCACUGUUCCCCGCCCUCUUCCCAGUCGUGUGGCGUGGGGUGACCUGCUACCGUGAGAUGGGCGAGGAAGUCACCGUGCGGGACAUGUUUGUAGCUGGGUUUGGCCACAAUCCUAUGGUUAUCUAUUGCGUGGCGCAGGCCGUGUUCAUUGCAUACGCGCAUGGCUCGGUAUCAUCCAUUUUCGCAGUCAUUGGAAUUCUCCACUACCGGCGCAUGCAGAUGGUCAUGGAGUCGGUGCAGCAGCUGACUCGUAGAUUGCCAUGCCUCUAUCCCAACUUGCCGCAGGUUCAGCUGUCGGGGCCGUCGGCCGAAGCCAACGUUCGGGCUGUCCUUGCUUGCUUUGAGACCAUUCUUCGCAUGGGAAGCCGCUACCAGCGCCGAGCCGACUCGUAUAUCGCUACCUUGGCCCUGGCUUCCGCAGUGGGUCUGGGCCUUGUGCUGGUUGGGGUGAUUGUGGGAGUUCAUUCUCAGCUCAAUGCCGGGACUUGCGUGUGCCUUGUGAUCAUCAGCGGUGUCACAGCUGCAGUGCAUCAGAUGAUUCUGUGGGGUCGCCUUGCCAACGAAAACUUUGGGAAGCUCUCCAGCAACUUGUGCCGCGCGCGGUGGCGCAAUUCCGCAUGUGGAUGCCCUGAUGCUGAAGGAGCGGAGCAGGUGAUGAGCCUGGCGAUGGAGAGGCUGGCCCUUCUUGCCGAAACAGAGCCAGUGACUGUCGCAUGCUUGAUUCCGACAGCCGAUUUGGGAUACAGUGUUGUUUCUUUGGUCAGCACAUUUGUGCUUUACAUCCUUGGCAAACUCCUUCACGUGGAGCUGCCUCUUUGA